AUAGUCAGCGGAUUUACCCAAUUUAGCUGUUUCUCCACGUGAGUUUGUGUCAGUGUGUUUCAGUGGAAAUCGUGCGAUUCUUAAAAUAUUACCACAAAAAUAUGCCCAAAUCAAAGAGAAAUAAGAUUGUUUCAUUGACAAGAACGAAAAAGAAAGGCCUUGAGUUAAAAUCAGGGCUCGUCAAAGAGGUACAAGAAUGCGUUGAUGAGUAUGCAUUUGUUUAUGUCUUUUCUGUUGAGAACAUGAGAAACAGUAAAUUAAAAGAUGCAAGAGAGAAGUGGAAACAGAGCAGAUUUUUUUUUGGGAAAAACAAAGUAAUGGCUAUUGCACUUGGCAAAACUCCUGAAGAUGAGUACAAAGAAAAUCUUUGUGAAGUCAGCAAGAGAUUAAAAGGCCAGUGUGGCUUACUCUUCACCAAUCAAUCCAAGGAUGAUGUAACUAGCUGGUUCAAGGAGUACAGUGAAAUGGAUUUUGCUAGAGCAGGAAAUAAAGCGAUCUGUGACUUCCAGUUAGAUGCAGGUCCUUUGGAUCAAUUUCCUCAUUCAACGGAGCCGAAUCUCAGGCAGCUUGGACUUCCAACAGCACUAAAGAAAGGUGUUGUGACUCUUCUCUCUGAUCACACGGUAUGCAAAGAAGGGGAUGUUCUAACACCUGAGCAGGCUAGAAUAUUGAAACUGUUUGGCAACCCUAUGGCAGAAUUCCACAUAACUUUGCUUUGCCGCUGGAGUAAAGAUGGUACUUUUGAAGAGUUGACCUGAUAGGUAAUGCUGUAGAAAAUAUAUCAGAACAUGGGAGGCUAAGUGAAAGGUCUGCUAUGCAUAAUGUAUGUAUAGUGUACUAGUGAUGAAUGAUGUAAUCUUUGGUGCAGGCUCUUCUCUUAUUCAAACUUCUUUCAAGAAUUUUAAAUGCACUUAGUCAUGUUAUGAAGUUCUUAGUAAAAUGUGUGCAUUUAUGCAAACAGUACUGACUGUUGAUGAAUUAAUUACCACAAAAUGGCAUCUUGAUCUGACUUCUUAAGGUGAUCUCCCACAGACAUGUUAUGGAAAUUUUUUAAGGAUUUUGACAUAAUUGAAUGAUGUAACUUUACGAAACAGUUCGGCAUUAGAAGCUUCACUUAAUCACUUCCUUAUUAAUGUUAUUGGCCAUGUCAUCAAAUUCUUUGAAAGGGUUUGUAUGUAAAUUUGUACUGCAGGCCUUACAUAAUCAAAUUUCUAAGUAUAUGCAUUUCUUUUAAGGUCUAACAUUUUAUAUUUUAUACUUGUUGGAAUGUAUCCUUACGAAUUAGUACGGCAAAGGCCCUUUACUUAUUCAAAGACAUGGGCCCUUUGCUGAGACUGAUGGUUUAGGCACAGUACUGGUGAUGGUAUAGUGGUCUGAGACUGAUGUAUUUGCACAGUACUGGUGAUGGUAUAGUGGUCUGAGACUGAUGUAUUUACACAGUACUGGUGGUGGUAUAGUGGUCUGAGACUGAUGUAUUUACACAGUACUGGUGGUGGUAUAGUGGUCUGAGACUGAUGUAUUUACACAGUACUGGUGGUGGUAUAGUGGUCUGAGACUGAUGUAUUUACACAGUACUGGUGAUGGUAUAGUGGUCUGAGACUGAUGUAUUUGCACAGUUCUGGUGAUGGUAUAGUGGUCUGAGACUGAUGUAUUUGCACAGUACUGGUGAUGGUAUAGUGGUCUGAGACUGAUGUAUUUGCACAGUACUGGUGAUGGUAUAGUGGUCUGAGACUGAUGUAUUUGCAUAGUACUGGUGGUGGUAUAGUGGUCUGAGACUGAUGUAUUUGCACAGUACUGGUGAUGGUAUAGUGGUCUGAGACUGAUGUAUUUGCACAGUACUGGUGAUAGUAUAGUGGUCUGAGACUGAUGUAUUUGCACAGUACUGGUGAUGGUAUAGUGGUCUGAGACUGAUGUAUUUGCAUAGUACUGGUGGUGGUAUAGUGGUCUGAGACUGAUGUAUUUACACAGUACUGGUGAUGGUAUAGUGGUCUGAGACUGAUGUAUUUGCACAGUACUGGUGAUGGUAUAGUGGUCUGAGACUGAUGUAUUUGCACAGUACUGGUGAUGGUAUAGUGGUCUGAGACUGAUGUAUUUACACAGUUCUGGUGAUGGUAUAGUGGUCUGAGACUGACGUAUUUACACAGUACUGGUGAUGGUAUAGUGGUCUGAGACUGAUGUGUUUACACAGUACUGGUGAUGGUAUAGUGGUCUGAGACUGAUGUAUUUGCACAGUUCUGGUGAUGGUAUAGUGGUCUGAGACUGAUGUAUUUGCACAGUACUGGUGAUGGUAUAGUGGUCUGAGACUGACGUAUUUACACAGUACUGGUGAUGGUUUAGUGGUCUGAGACUGAUGUAUUUGCACAGUACUGGUGAUGGUAUAGUGUUCUGAGACUGAUGUAUUUACACAGUACUGGUGAUGGUAUAGUGGUCUGAGACUGAUGUAUUUGCACAGUACUGGUGAUGGUAUAGUGGUCUGAGACUGAUGUAUUUGCACAGUACUGGUGAUGGUAUAGUGGUCUGAGACUGAUGUAUUUGCACAGUACUGGUGAUGGUAUAGUGGUCUGAGACUGAUGUAUUUACACAGUACUGGUGGUGGUAUAGUGGUCUGAGACUGAUGUAUUUACACAGUACUGGUGAUGGUAUAGUGGUCUGAGACUGAUGUAUUUGCACAGUACUGGUGAUGGUAUAGUGGUCUGAGACUGAUGUAUUUGCACAGUACUGGUGGUGGUAUAGUGGUCUUAGACUGAUGUAUUUACACAGUACUGGUGAUGGUAUAGUGGUCUGAGACUGAUGUAUUUGCACAGUACUGGUGAUGGUAUAGUGGUCUUAGACUGAUGUAUUUGCACAGUACUGGUGGUGGUAUAGUGGUCUGAGACUGAUGUAUUUACACAGUUCUGGUGAUGGUAUAGUGGUCUGAGACUGAUGUAUUUGCACAGUACUGGUGGUGGUAUAGUGGUCUGAGACUGAUGCAUUUUCACAGUAUUGGUGAUGGUAUAGUGGUCUGAAACAGUGUGGUAAAUAGGUCCAAAUGGUAUGGGUGGGGCGAUGAUUUAAUCUUAUUAAAUAGUUCAUUUUAGAGAAGAGCCAGAUAAAUCAUAGCAAAGAAGGAGUUCUAGACGAGUACUUUAGUUGUGUACUAUACCAGGCAAACAAAGCUUUUUAUAGUAUCUUGUUUUUAAUAACUAUGUUGGAUUACAAAAUAUGUAAUAAAAUAUUACCAGCUAA